AUGAGUUCGAGCAUCUACCCGAAUACGGGUUUGAUCGAGACUCAUUCGUUACCAUUGGUAAAUUCAAUAACAACGCCAGUCAAUAUAAAUUCUUCUGUGGAUAUGUUGAAAGCACCAAAGGUUGAUACUGGUAUAGUCAAUUCAACAUUAAAUACAAACGAGAAAGUGACGAGAGAUCAAGGGAAUGACAAUGGAUUCAAUGCUGAUACUAAUCAUGAGACGAAUACAGAUGUAACAGGUUCGAGACAAGAUAAAGUGAUGGAAAAAACGACACGAGAUCACGUCAACUUGACUAGAAAUACGCUUACGACUAGUGGAGAGACGAUACAGGACAAUAUCGUGAAGAAACAAGAUGAUAUCAUCCUGAUGGGAUCGAGUUUCGAGAACGACGUGACGUAUUCCGUGAAAAAGGACUCAAAAUUCCAUGAUUCCAUGCAGACGGUGGAUUCAAAGACACUUUUGUCAAAUACCGAUGCGAAUCUUCUUGACGACAAUGUCACUAGCUUUGCGCUGGAAACAGGGAGUAACAAUACGUCGAAUGUAGCAAACACGGUGACGCCAGUUUUGACGACGAAGACUAACGACACGACGAAUGCAGCAAACACGGCGAUUCCUGUAACAAAGGAAGUGACAAACAGUGCUGGCGACACGCUGCUGAAGACGGUGACCAACUACACGUCCAACGUCGCAAAUACUGCGACUUCAAUAAUAGAAGAGGCGACCAAGAACGCUACUUACAACACGUCAAAUGUAGUGAAUACGGUGACUCCUGCUCUGAUGAAAGGGACAAACGACGCUAGCGACACGCUGAAAACGAAGAGUAACAACAGGUCCAACUUCGCGAAUAUGGCGCCUCCCGUUCUGAAUAGUGUGAUUAACAACGCCGCCAACACGGUGAAGACGGUGACCAGCAACACGCCAAAUGUAGCAAAUACGGUGACUCCCGUUCUGAAUGAAGCAACCAACAACGGUGCCUACACGCUGACCACGUUGACCAAUAACACGUCCAACGUCGCGAAUACGGUGACUCCCGUUCUGCAGAAAGCGACCAACAACGCAGCCAACACGCUGCAGACGACCAACAACCAUACGUCAAAUUAG